AAUCAACAAGCAAAAUAGUCAAAUGCGCAUGUUUUAAAAUUUUUUAAAGCAUAUGUAUAUUUAUAUAUUCCAAGUCUAAUUUUGUUUUAUGAUUUUUAUAUUUUAAACAUAGGUCGAUGUUCCUUCCUCUGCAAGCUGCGGGAGCAAAUAGAAUUGUAGCGAAUUGUAGCGGUGGUUUCCAAUUUUAAAAAGUAGCUGCAUCUUUCUAACAGCGAAAGAAUUAGAGAAGCAGAAGAAGAAAGGGAAAGAAAAAUGACGGAGGAAAUCAAGUUGAGCGUGGUAGUGAGCCUCUUCACUUGGAUCCAGAAAAGCAAAACAUCAGCCAAGAAGCGGUCCAAGUUUCGAAAAUUCCUAGACACCUUUUGCAAUCCUUCCGACUACUUCAGCGCCAUGAGGCUUAUCCUUCCGUCGCUGGACAGAGAGCGAGGCACAUACGGCCUCAAGGAAUCGGUGCUCGCCAUCUGCCUCAUUGAUGCUCUUGGCAUGUCCAGGGACUCCCCCGAUGCUCUCCGUCUUAUCAAUUGGCGCAAAGGUGGUGCGAACACCGGCGCCAAUGCUGGAAACUUCGCUCUUGUCGCCGCUGAGGUUCUUCAGCGUAGGCAGGGAACGGCUUCCGGUGGACUCACCAUCAAGGAAUUAAAUGACUUGCUUGAUCGCUUAGCUUCUGCUGAAGGCAGGGCUGAGAAGACUGCAGUCCUUUCUUCUUUGAUUAAUAAGACAAAUGCACAGGAAAUGAAGUGGAUCAUCAUGAUAAUUCUAAAAGAUCUCAAGUUGGGAAUUAGUGAGAAAAGCAUAUUUCACGAAUUUCAUCCAGAUGCCGAAGACUUGUUUAAUGUCACAUGUGACCUAAAAAUGGUUUGUGAGAAGUUGAGGGACCGUAGUCAACGUCAUAAGCGUCAGGAUAUUGAGGUUGGAAAGGCAGUGCGACCACAACUAGCUAUGAGAGUCCGUGAUGCAGCUGCUGCAUGGAAAAAGCUUCAUGGUAAGGAGGUAGUUGUUGAGUGUAAAUUUGAUGGUGAUCGCAUCCAAAUCCACAAAAAUGGAACCGAGAUACACUACUACUCCAGGAAUUUUCUUGAUCACUCUGAAUAUGAGCAUGGGAUGUCUAACAUUAUUGCACAAAAUAUUCUGGUUGAUAGGUGCAUACUUGAUGGAGAAAUGUUAGUUUGGGAUACCACUUUGAAUCGGUUUGCUGAGUUUGGAUCAAAUCAAGAAAUAGCCAAGGCAGCAAAAGAUGGACUUGACAGUGACAGACAGUUAUGCUAUGUUGCAUUUGAUAUUCUUUAUGUUGGAGACACUAGUGUCAUUCAUCAGAGCUUGAAGGAACGGCAUGAACUUCUUCAAAAGGUUGUGAAGCCUUUGAAGGGUCGUUUAGAGAUUUUAGUGCCUUAUGGUGGUAUUAAUGCUCAUCGCCCUCCUGGGGAGCCCUGUUGGUCAUGUCUUGCAUACAGUGUGGAUGAUGUGGAAAGAUUUUUCAAAGAAACGAUUGAAAAUAGGGAUGAAGGUAUUGUGUUAAAAGACCUUGGUUCCAAAUGGGAACCAAGUGAUAGAAGUGGGAAGUGGUUGAAGUUAAAGCCUGAGUACAUUCGUGCUGGUUCUGAUUUAGAUGUUCUCAUUAUUGGAGGAUAUUAUGGCUCUGGACGUCGAGGAGGGGAGGUAGCUCAAUUCUUGGUCGGCUUAGCAGAUCGUCCAGACCCGAAUGCUUAUCCCAGGCGAUUUGUAUCCUUCUGCAGAGUUGGUACUGGGCUGGCUGAUGAUGACUUGGAAGCUGUUGUAAACAAAUUGAAGCCUUAUUUUAGGAAAUAUGAAUACCCAAAGAAGAUGCAACCAAGUUUUUAUCAAGUUACAAAUAACUCAAAAGAGAGACCUGAUGUUUGGAUUGAAAGCCCGGAGAAAUCAAUCAUUCUUUCUAUCAACAGUGAUAUCCGGACCAUAAGGUCUGAGGUAUUUGCUGCACCAUAUAGCCUGAGAUUUCCACGUAUCGAUAGAGUGAGAUAUGACAAGCCUUGGCAUGAGUGCCUUGACGUGCAAUCAUUUGUAGAACUUGUUCAUUCAAGUAAUGGUACCACUCAGAAAGGGACAGUACAGGAAGACGUGCAAGAUGGUAAAUCAAGGCACAAGGACCACACUAGAAAGGCAGAGAAAAGGGCUGUCUCUAUUGUUCCUUCUCAUUUUAUUCAAACUGACACAUCUAGCGUGAAGGGGGAAACCUUAAUAUUUUCAAAUCUCAUGUUUUACUUUGUUAAUGUUCCUCCAACCUAUUCUCUUGAUUCAUUUCACAAAAUGAUUGUGGAGCAUGGGGGAAUGUUCUCAAUGAAUUUGAACAAGUCAGUGACCCAUUGUGUUGCGGCUGAAAGCAAAGGGAUUAAGUAUCAGGCAGCAAAGCUUCAUGGAGAAAUUAUCCAUUACUCUUGGGUCUUGGAUUGUUGCUCACAAAAGAUGCUCAUUCCUUUACAGCCAAAGUACUUUCUUUUUCUUUCUGAAUCAUCAAAAAAGAAGUUACAGCAAGAAGUUGAUGAAUAUUCUGACCCUUAUUAUUGGGACCUUGACGUUGCGGAUAUCAAACAGCUCUUAAACAAUAUCCAAAGGUCAGAAAAUGCCAACACGAUUGACUUUUAUAGAAAGAAGUACUGUCCAAAGAAGAGAUGGUCAAGUUUUCAUGGCUGCUCUGUUUACUUUUACUGUUCAGCUCAGUCUUUGAAAGCUGAUUGGCAAGUCUUGUUGAGACUUACACUGAGGAGGUUAAAGCUUGAAGUUUUAAUGGGUGGUGGCAAAAUCUGCAAGGAUCUCAAGCAUGCUACCCAUUUGGUAGUCCUAUCAGUGCCAGGAUUGGAUGUUGACUUUGAUUCUCUUAUUAAGAGGUAAUGUAUGGCUAAUACAAUUUUGUAUUUGAUGAUUAAUGCCAUUUGGUGCCUCAUAGUGAGGUUUUCUGACUAGUUUAUGGAUAUUGGAUCCUCCUGGUCACAGCAAUAUGUUAUACCUCCGUAAGAAAAAAUAGUUAUUGGAAUAUAUUGGAACUAAAUUAUGAAAUUCAAGAGCAAUUAUUUUGUUUGGUUUUUUUCCCUUUUGGGUGAUAUUAGCAUCAGCAAUUUGUAUCAUAAUGUGGCAUGAUCUCAUUGACAAAUGAAUUAGCGUGAAAUGAUAGGGUACUCACCCACAUCGUGAUUGAGGACCAUAAUCUAUAUUUUGGAUGAACACUUGUAGACUAAAAUUUAGAAAAUAGGGUCUCUGUUAUUUAGACUUCUUUAUUGGACUCCAUUUUAUAUGUUAUGUGGACUUCAUUUUAAUUUUAUGAAGCUCAUAUAAGUAGGUGUUUGUAUAACAUUUGAGGAGGGGUAGCUUUUGCUAAUUUGUGAUAUUGAGAUUUGUAAUUUGAAUAUUAAAACUUCACUUUUGGGUUUUGACUAUUGAAAUUUCAUAUUAUUUUUUGAGUAUUUAUUUUGAAAUUAUUGGUUUUAAAUCACUUUGUUGUUUCAAAAUUUUUAUUUUUCCAGUUUUGAGAUUCAGGAGGUAUUUUCAUUUAUCAGGAUUGGGCUUCAAUUUGUUGAAUCUAAUUGCAACUUUGUUACUUUGAUAUUGUCUGUACAUGGUUCUCACCAUGAGUCAUUGUACUUAAAUAACUUAGGAUAAUAAAUGGUUCAUUGAUCAUGUUAUUUUUUAAUCAGUUGAGAUAUUCCAAUUUGUCUUAUGAUUGCCAUUAAUUGGUUAUUUUCUUUAUAAUAGUAUUCUCUUUGCCUAUUUGCUUAGCUUUUCUUCUGGCUUAAUUUUGUUGAGUUCAUUUCAAACUUUAGUGUGAUUAAGUUAUUAUUAUUAUUUUUAGGUGGAUAGGAUUUGAUUUAGAAAAAAAAUGCAUGAGAAGGAUUUUUAAGGGUAGUCUUAUGUUCUUUGUUCAUUAUAAGAUUCAGGAGUGUUAUUCAUUUAUCAAAAUUAGACUCUAAUUUGUCAAAUUUACUUGCGCUUUCUAUUACUUACAGUUUUUAAACACUGCAUGGUUUACUCCUUAAUUCAUCAUACUGGGGCAGCAUAUAAAUAGCAAAUGGGUUAUUGAUUGUGCUGAAUUCGAAUCAAUUGAGUAUAAUGUUUUGGCUUAUGACUCCCACAAUUUGUUUAUUUUCCUUUUCAACGGUCUCUACUUUGUUUUCAAACCUUGUUUAGUACUGUAGUUUCAUUUGAAUGAGUUCGUUUAGAAACUUUAGUGUAAUGACUAUUGAAUUAUGGAUUUUAGAGUGGCAAGCCUGACUCAUACCUGAACCACCCAUACAAUACCAAGCUUAUAACUCUAUACAAAUUGAUUUAAAAGGCCUACCUGAGCCUGAACCUCAUUGUCAACUACAAGAGGCACUUGAACCAUCCAGAUCCUAAGCAAACUAGACUUUAGGUGACCCAAUGUAGACCUGACAAGAGCUGCUUGUGUGGCACCUUCAAUGAGUCUGAGAAUGAUGUCUUCCAAAUACAGUUAGACCAAAUUUGGAUGGGUCAUUUUAGAAGGCAUUUCAUUUUAAAAGAGGGUUUUAGAUUUUGAGAAUUGAAUUGCCUUAUUCAGGCAAAAGAUGAGGGAGAAUUCUAAAAUGUUCGUAGGAUUUUAAACUUGUGUUUUAGAGACCUAAAAUACGUGAUUCAUUUUGAGUUUGAAUUACACAGAUGCUUCAUUCUUAAUGCUGCACACCAAAUAGUAUGAUAGAGAAACACUCCCUUCACUGGAUUCUGACCUCCCAAGUACCUCUCCUGUCAGCAACCUUGUCCUUGAAUGAUAACUGGUGUCUUCCUCUCACUGUGGCAACUUCAACCGAUAUCCAAUUUGUAUAUUUCUCUGUUUCCAGUGAUUUUCCUAGCAAAAUCACUUAGUCUUAUGUCUGGUGUGUCUCUUUCCUACUCUACCUGUCAUCUUUCUCUUUACCUUUCUUUUCUUACAGACUUGCAUCUUAAGCGUGGGAAUUUUAAUUGUGUUUUUUCUUGAUUUUGUGGAGAAUAUGAUGGUUUAUUUUUGGUCUUGGUUUGAGGAUUUGAAUGUGGGGGUAAGGUUCACAGAUACCAUGAGAGAGGAUGAUUGUUGGAUGUUUGGUGGUUUAGAAUUUGUUUUAAUCAACAUCAUUUCAGAAGACCAUAAGGCGGAAUUCUAUUUGGAAGAAAUAGCAGCCAAAGAAACAAUUUACCAUUCUAGAAUUUGCAAAUACUGUACUUUGAAUUGACUUCAUUUAAAAUUCUACGGUGCUUCAUCUG